CUACCCUACUGCCAGGUUGGUGCACCAACCAUUUCAGUGGAAAUUCACUUUUUGCAAAUAAUGCGACGUUAAUCAUAGCAGCUGAGGAGUGUACCUUCUGUGUGGGGGCGCGGCCUCCUCUCUGGCUCCCUAUGUUUGUUUCUCUAUCUGUCAGAAAGAGUGUCCCGGGAGGACGGAGGCUUUGGGUCACGGAGCAGUCCCCCAUCCACAGCGGCGGAGAUGGCGGACCCCGCAGCGCAGACCACCAUCAAGGUUGUGUGCCGUUUCAGGCCGCUGAACAAAUCGGAGUUGGCUCGGGGGGACAAGUACAUCCCGACAUUUCAGGGGGACGACUGUGUGCAGAUUGCGGGUAAACCAUACUACUUUGACCGCGUGUUCCAGUCCAAUACAACUCAGGUGCAGUUCUACAACGCUGUGGCUCAGCAGAUUGUCAGAGAUGUUCUAGGGGGCUACAAUGGGACAAUAUUUGCCUAUGGGCAGACAUCCUCUGGUAAAACACACACAAUGGAGGGAGAUCUCCACGACCCAGAGAUGAUGGGAAUCAUUCCCAGAAUUGUUCAAGACAUCUUCAACUACAUUUAUUCCAUGGAUGAGAACCUGGAGUUUCACAUCAAAGUUUCUUAUUUUGAAAUCUAUUUGGACAAAAUCAAGGACUGCUUGGAUGUGUCAAAGAUCAACCUGUCUGUACACGAAGAUAAAAAUAGGGUGCCCUAUGUCAAGGGGUGUACCGAGCGUUUUGUGAGCACUCCUGAGGAGGUCAUGGAUGCCAUAGACGAAGGCAAAAACAACCGGCAUGUGGCUGUCACAAACAUGAACGAGCACAGUUCCAGGAGUCACAGCAUCUUCCUCAUCAACAUCAAGCAGGAAAACUCUCAGACUGGACAGAAAUUCACCGGCAAGCUCUACCUGGUGGAUCUGGCUGGUAGUGAAAAAGUGGGUAAAACGGGAGCGGAGGGCACCGUGCUGGAUGAAGCCAAGAUGAUCAACAAGUCCCUAUCUUCACUGGGAAAUGUCAUUUCAGCUCUGGCAGAGGGCUCGAGCUAUGUGCCGUACAGAGACAGUAAGAUGACCAGGAUCCUGCAGGACUCCCUGGGAGGGAACUGUCGGACCACCAUGGUCAUCUGCUGCUCCCCCUCCGCUUUUAACGACGCUGAGACCAGGUCCACACUACUGUUCGGACAGAGGGCAAAGACCAUCAAGAACACGGUGAGUCUGAAUGUGGAGCUGACUGCAGAGCAGUGGAAGAAAAAGUGGGAGAAAGAGAAGGAGAAGAACAAGACGCUGAAAAACACCGUCACCUGGCUGGAGGCCGAGCUCAACCGCUGGAGGAGUGGAGAGAGUGUGCCAGUGGAGGAUCAGUUUGAUAAAGAAAAGGCCAAAGCAGAGGUCCAGGCCCUGGACAGUGCGCUCAGCAAUGAUAAGACAGCACCCACACCUGCCCUCAGCACCCUCCCUGGAGUCCAACUCACAGAUGCAGAGAAAGAGAAGUAUGUUGCAGAAAUGGCCAAGCUUUACAAAGAGAUGGAUGACAAGGACGAUGAGAUCAACCAGCAGUCUCAAAUGAUGGAGUCGCUGAAGCAACAGAUGUUGGACCAGGAGGAGCUCUUAGCGUCCUCCCGCCGGGACCACGACACCCUGCAGACAGAGCUCAACCGGCUGCUGUCGGAGAACGAAGCUUCCAAGGAGGAGGUGAAGGAGGUGCUGCAGGCCCUGGAGGAGCUGGCUCUCAACUACGACCUCAAGAGUCAGGAAGUUGAGGACAAGGCGCAAGAGUUUGAGGCUCUCAGUGAGGAGCUGAACGAGAAAUCGAGCUCCUUGGCCUCCAUUGACUCUGAGCUCCAGAAGCUGAAGGAGAUGACCAACCACCAGAAGAAGAGGUUCACUGAGAUGAUGUCAUCACUACUCAAAGACCUGGCCGAGAUCGGCAUCGCCGUGGGGAGCAAGGACAUUAAGCAACAAGAGAGCAGUGGUCUGAUUGACGAGGAGUUCACGAUGGCGCGUCUCUACAUCAGCAAGAUGAAGUCGGAGGUGAAGACGAUGGUGAAGCGCAGCAAACAGCUGGAGAGCUCCAAGGCCGAGAGCAGCCAGAAGAUGGAUGAGACGGAGAUGGAGCUGAUUGCCUGCCAGCUCCGUGUCUCCCAGCAUGAAGCUAAAAUCAAGUCCCUGACAGACACGCUCCAGAAUGUGGAGCAGAAGAAAAGACAGCUGGAGGAAACGGUGGACUCUCUCAAUGAGGAAAUAGUCAGGAUCAAAGCCCAAGUUUGUCUCCUCCCAGAGAAAGUCAACACCAUGGAGAAGGAGAAUGAGAUCCAGUCUGCCUAUGAAGUCAAGGAAGCUGUGGAGAUGCAGAUCCAGUCUCACAGGGAGGCCCAUCAGAAACAGAUCAGCAGCCUGAGAGACGAGCUGGACAACAAGGAUAAACUCAUGACAGAACUACAGGAUCUGAACCAGAAGAUCAUGCUGGAGCAGGAGAGGCUGAGGGUGGAGCACGAGAAGCUCAAGGCUGCCGACCAGGAGAAGAGCCGCCAGCUGCAGGAGCUCACGGUGUUGCAGGACAGGCGGGAGCAGGCCAAACAGGACCUGAAGGGACUGGAAGAGACUGUGGCCCGAGAGCUGCAGACACUCCACAACCUCAGGAGGCUUUUUGUCCAAGACUUGGCCACUCGAGUCAAAAAGAAGGCUCAGACGGACUCAGAUGACACAGAAGACAGCGCUGCCCAGAAACAGAAGAUCUGCUUCCUGGAGAGCAACCUCGCGCAGCUCACCAAAGUUCACAAGCAGCUGCUACGGGACAAUGCCGACCUCCGCGGCGAGCUGCCUAAACUUGAGAAGCGCCUGCGGGCCACCGCUGAGCGGGUCAAAGCCCUGGAGGCGGCUCUGCGGGAGGCCAAAGAGAACGCAGCCCACGACCGAAAGCGCUACGAGGAGGAGAUGGGGCGCAUUAAGGAUGCUGUCAAGCCCAAAAACAUGGGCAGGAGAGCCUCCAUAGCCAAGCCCAUCAGGCCAGGCCAGCUGCCGGGAGCCUCUCCCUUGAACCCCAGCGUCAACCGGUCCAACCUCAUCCAGAACAGCCAGCCAGCCGGCAUCAAGGGAGGAGGCAACCACAGCCCCUGAGGAUGGAGCACAGUCACAACAAACUCCAAAACCCAGAGACCUUUCCAUUCCUAAAUACUGAACCUUCACCUGGAACCACUGCGCCAUUCUUCCAACAUCAAAGUGUGUAUAUGCUGUAUACAAGUAUGGCAUCUACUGUGCAGUCCUUCAAGCCUCUGGCUCUACAAGACAACCGGACCACAUUAGUGCCUUGCAAAUUUAACACAUAAUGUCACAAGUUCUGUUGACAGCAACUUACUAAGAUAUUAGUCUACACUGUGCCAACAUGAAUAAGAAGAUGCUACAGUCAUGCUGUACAGUGAAGAGAGAGCACUGGUUUCUCUAUGCUUUGCUUUUAAUAUUUCUCAGGGGUGCACCACAUACUUCUCUGCCUGUACAUCAUUAUGUGCACACUAUUGUAAUAAUCUGUUUUAAACAUCCAAAAGUGUCUUUAACUACACAUUGGUGGUUUAGAAUUCUUCUCCACUUUCUUCGCUGGGUGAUUGAGAACAGAGGCUACAUUUACAUUGCUACGUUUCAGUUUAAAAAAUGAAUAUCUUUUGCUCCGUUGACGCAUUACGUAUUCUCCCUGCUCCGGCGUUCCCCCCUCUCAUUCCCCCUGCUCUGGCGUUUCCCCCUCUGAUUCCCCCUG